GCGCACAGCGCAGCGGCCGGCCCGGGCCCGCGCGUGCGCGUCGCCCGGCGUCUCUGCCGCGGCACGGUUUCCCGGCGGGAGAGCUCAUUGCGCGCGGCGAGCCCCGCCUCCCAGGCCGGCUGGGGGCGUGGGCAUGGAGCCGGCCGCCGCUGCCUAGCCCCCGACCCGCGCCGCUGCUUAGGGCGCCCUGAGGUCUCCGUGGGGUGGGCCGGGCGCGGCCUGGCGCUGCGCGGAUGGCCCUGCUCGCCGUCCUCCUCGUCCUAUUUCUGACCACAGCUGGGAGGUGCCAGGAGCAAGCCCAGGCCACCGACUGGCGGGCCACCCUGAAGACCAUCCGGAACGGCGUUCACAAGAUUGACAUGUACCUGAACGCCGCCUUGGACCUCCUGGGAGGCGAGGACGGGCUCUGCCAGUACAAGUGCAAUGACGGAUCUAAGCCUUUCCCACGUUAUGGAUAUAAACCCUCCCCACCGAAUGGAUGUGGCUCCCCACUGUUUGGUGUUCAUCUUAACAUCGGCAUCCCUUCCCUGACAAAGUGCUGCAACCAGCAUGACCGGUGCUAUGAGACCUGCGGCAAAAGCAAAAACGACUGUGAUGAGGCGUUUCAGUCUUGCCUGUCCAAGAUUUGCCGAGAUGUGCAGAAAACACUGGGGCUGGCUCAGCACGUGCAGGCCUGUGAAACCACCGUGGAACUCUUGUUUGACAGCGUUAUACACUUAGGCUGUAAGCCGUACUUGGACAGCCAGCGAGCUGCAUGUAGGUGUCGCUAUGAAGAAAAAACCGAUCUUUGAAGAAGAUGCUGGCAACUGGUGACAACAGAUGAGGACAGAAGAACGUAACCUUUGACAAAGAGCUAAUGUUUUUACAGCCUAGAGUUGCCUUAUUUUUGUGACAGGAUUAUUUUAAGAACUUACUUUGACAUUAAAACUGAAGAAACAAAUGCAGGUUAUCUUCCCAGACGUUGCUGCCUUAGUGUGCCUCAUUGUCUUGACCAGUCACAGAAAGCGGUGCAUGUUAAGGGGAGAAUUUUUUAAAGAAAGAGUAAGACUCAAUUUUCACAACUGUAUUUACCAAAAAAUAAGGUCAAAUGUGAAAUUCAUGAUAAGGUAUGUUCAACAUUAUCUUAUUUGGAAAUAUGGUGAAGUCUUCACUUAGAAGUAUGUUUGUUUUCUGUAAAAUUUAAAAUAUACAUAUAUGCCCAGAA